AUGGCGGAAGCACCCACAGGCACCACAGCCGCAGCGCCGCUGCCGCCCUCAACAGCAGCGCCCUACCCAGCAACGACGCUGCUGGGGCACCUGCCGCGCCUGCACAACAAAGUGGCGCUGGUGACGGGGGCGUCGAGCGGGCUGGGGCGCGCCAUCUGCCUGGCGUACGCGUCGCACGGCACGCGGCUGAUCGUGUGCGCGGACCUGAUGCCCGAGCCCGCGCUCGGCGUCGACAUCAACACGCUGCCCACGCACGACUUGGUCAAUGACCGCUUUGGCGUCGACAAGGCCGUUUUUGUUCGCUGCGAUGUCGGCGAGGCGGGGGAUGUGCUUGCCGCGGUUGAGACGGCGGUUAAGCUUGGCGGGAGGCUGGAUAUUAUCGUGAAUAAUGCGGGCAUAGGAACGAAGACUCCUCAUGUGCGCAUUCAUGAAGAGGAUGAUGCUCUGUUUGACAGGAUGCUGAGAGUAAACCUACGCGGCGUCUACCUCGGAUGCAAGUACGCUUGUGCGCAGUUCCUCAACCAGAUCCCCGACGAGACCGGACGCAAAGGCUGGAUCGUGAACGUGGCGAGCAUGCUCGGCUUCGUCGGGAUCCGCGGCGGCGCCGGCGCGUACUGCGCGUCCAAGGGCGCCGUGCUGAACAUGACGAGGCAGAUUGCGCUGGACUACGCGGCGGACAAGAUCCAUUGCAAUGCCCUCUGUCCGGGCUUCACCAAGACUUCUCAGACGCGUGAGAACUACAGUAACCCAGAGGUCAAUGCGCUGAUGACUUCGACAACGCCCUGGGGCGAGUGGGGCAAUGUGACGGACGUUGCCAAGGCCGCUGUGUUCUUGGCUUCGGAUGAUGCAGCGUGGGUUACAGGCGUGGGAUUGCCGGUUGAUGGAGGGUAUUUGGCACAGUGA